AUGGAUUGGACUUGUUUCUUUGCAAGUCUCUUUGUGUUCACGGGGAACUUGUUGUUGGCAAUCUGGGCUGGCAUUGAGAGAUCACGACCAACCUUUCAGUGGGAUCAGUACCGAAAAUUGGACCCUGACUUUUUGGAAUCGCAUUGGAAUGACCGUCGCGAUUUGGCCGGGCUGCAUCUGUCUGGAUCCUUUAUCAUUGCCAUUUCUUGGGUCUUAUUGACCAUCCCUCUCCUUCAGGCUGCCUUUAUUCUGUCACAUGGUGGAAGGCGUAUGAUCUGGCUGCACACCAUGAUUGCCGUUCUGGCAGUUGCCGCUGCUACCACCGAGUUUGUUUCCCGCCUUAUGCAUAUCGGAUCCUGGAACACCGGAAACUGGAUCUCCAGGGACUUUUACCUCGAUGACUGGGGUGGUGAUCCACAAAAGCCCAAUGGAAUUGGAUGGAAAUCCUUGGAAAUUACCUACCAGUUGACGCAAGGCAUGAUCUUGUGGGUCGACUCCUUUGAAUACUUUGCGCUCUUUGGGAUCUGCUUUUGUCUCUUUUUGAGUAUCCGGACUUCGCCCAGUGGAUUGUUGGGCGGUGAGAUGUGCUGGGGAGGAAUGGGAUUCUUUAUUGGAAUGCUUUCAUUGGCGGAUUUUGUCUUUUUGAUAGUACGAUUCGUGGACUGGGAUACCUACAAUUUGGUUUCCAUGACCUUUACCAUUCUGAUUCGUCUCAUCCUUCUGCCAUCCUGGCUGCUCCUGUUGGCAUUCAAGUUGCCCCCGGCUGUGCAUGAAUUUAACGAAAGAAGAGCUGCCAACCCCAUUACAUCACCCUUGAGUCCCAGUUCAUCCGUCACAGGAAAUGGAUCUCCACGAUCUCCCCAACCCAGCGACUUUACAAUUGAAGAUUAG